AUGGGGAUGUUGCAUGAGUUGGAAGCAUUGAGAAGGAGGAGUUGUGAGCUGUUCCUUCCUCCUUCAUCGCUUCAACAACUACCCUUUUCCACCAUAUUAUAGGACCAUCUAAAUUCCUCUUCCUUCUUGCUCCUCUUUCUUUCAUAAUUCUUUUUCUAUUCUCUCUUUCUGGGUUCUUCAAUUUUAAUUCAGACAUUUUGGACCAAAUCCUGUGAGAAACAUUGAAGAGGUGCAACUUUCAAAUUCCUCUAUGGAGCCACUGUCAGAAUCCCCUAAGCUUGGUGAUGAAACUUCAGGAAAUACUGAUUCUUCUCAACCUUCUAAGCAUGUCAUUGAUAAUUCAGCACCUUUUGAAUCUGUCAAAGAUUAUGUGUCUAAGUUUGGAGGAAUAGUUGAUUGGAGAAACCGUCGAACCCAGAGCCUGGAGAGAAGCAAGCUUGAAAAACAUGAUUUUGAAAAAGCAGACACUGCUGAGGAAUUGGAAAGCACUAAGAAACUAAUAGAAGAACUCAGCUUUAACCUAGAAAGGAUAGAAAAAGACGAGCUCCACGCGAAAGAAGAGGCCGAACUCGUGAUUCACAAGAUUGAAGAGAUGGAGGAGGAUAUUUCAAAUGAAGCUAGUAAGGAAGCCAAGGAACAGCUUGAGGUUGAAAAUUCUGUCAAUAUCGCGGCUGUUUCAGAACUCGAGUUUGUGAAAAAGGAACUCGACUCACUGCGAGAGGAGUACAAUUCUAUGGUGAGUGCAAGGGAUGUAGCUAUCAGCAAUGCAGAAGAGGCUGUUUCUGCAUCCAAGGAGAUUGAAAAGGCAGUGGAAGAUUUGACUGCUGAGUUAAUUGCAACAAAGGAGUCCUUGAAUUCCAUACGAACCGCACACUUGGAAGCGGAAGAACAAAGAUCUGGAGUCAUUGAUGAAGAAUCUCAGAACUGGAAGAAGGAACUUGAACAAGCGGAAGAGGAGAUCAAAAGGCUAAAUGAACAAGUUUUGUCCGCGAGGGUUCUUAAAUCCAAAUUGGAUUCAUCUACCUCUUUGCUGCAUGAUCUGAAAGCUGAAUUAUCACAAUAUAUGGAAUCAAAACUACAAGAGGAAAGUAAUGAUGAACAGAAAAAGGAACUUGAGGAAGUGAAGAUGAACAUAGAGAAAACAUCUGCUGAGGUUACCAGCUUGAAGGGGGCUACAAUGUCACUAAAAUCAAAGCUAGAACAAGAGAAGUCAGUUCUCGCUGCCCUCAAGCAAAGUGAGGAAGAGGCUUCUAAUGUAGCUAAGAACCUUCAAGAUGAAGUGGAGAAAUCUCGGUCGGCAUUGGCUUUGCUUAAGGUGAAAGAGGAUGAAGCGAGAGAGAUGAUGACCGAGCUGCCGAAGAAACUGCAGGCUGCAGCAGAAGAGGCUGAUCAGGCCAAAUCACUUGCUCAUGCUGCUCAGGAAGAGCUUCUCCAAGCACAAGAAGAAGCUGAACAAGCCAAGGCGAGAGCGAACUCAUUGGAAAGCAGAUUGCAGGCAGCACAGAAGGAGAUAGAAGCUUCCAAGGUUUCUGAAAAGUUGGCUAAAGAUUCAGUCAAAGCAUUGGAAAAGAGCGAAUCGGCUGGAAGCAAGGUGGAUCCUUCCUCUCUGGUGACACUCACGAUCGACGAGUACCACGAGCUCAGUAAGCGAGCACAGCAAGCUGAGGAGCAAGCCAACAUGAGGAUUGAAUCUGCCAAUUCUCAGAUGGAGCUAGCAAAGGAGUCUGAGUUGAGAAGCUUGGAGAAGUUGGAAGAGCUGAAUGAAGAGUUAUGUGUUAGAAGGGAAUCUCUGAAGAUUGCAACUGAGAAUGCUAACAAAGCCAAAGAAGGAAAGUUAGCUGUAGAACAAGAGUUAAGAACAUGGAAAGCUGAACAAGAGCAACAAGGGAAGCAGUUAACUGUGGCUGUGCAUGACUCAUUAAGCUCAAAGGGAAAAGUUCCUUCAAAUCACACUGAAACUGGAUCAGCCUCGGAUGCAACCGGCAAAAAGAAGAAGAAGUCAUUGUUUCCUUCAAAGGUUGUCAUGUUCUUUGCCAAGAGAAAAACACACCCAACCAAGUGAAUUCAAUCCUUCAACUGCUGAAAUUAAAGCACCAAGUCUUAACAAAGUCCAACUUCUGAAGGGGUUAUUUGUUGCUUGCCAAUUGUGACACUUUGUAUUAAGUUUUUGCAAGAAGAAAAAAGAUAUCAUUUAUUGUAUAUAAGGUGUAGCUGAUCUAUUAUUCAGUAUUUCAAUCUCCAUUUUCAAAAUUACUAUUCUGAAAAGAAAAAGGGACAAGAGUCCACUUUUUAGGACACAUGUACUACAGUAACAAUAUAUAUGCUAAUGCUUUGAGUUUUCUAAAGA